AUGACAGACGCACCAAGUGACAAGCACAGUGAAAGCGAUGGGGACGAAGAAGUCUUUCAUGAUGCUCGUUUUCCCCCAGACGAGGAAGCCGACCUAUUAAGCCAGUCACAUAGCUACAAAGCCGAUGCGAACACACUGUUUUCUGCUUCUAAUUAUUCAGAGGCUAUUACUACAUACGAUAGAGCUCUUGCCGUCUGUCCUAACUACCUCGAUUACGAGGUGGCUGUUUUAAAAAGCAAUAUUGCUGCAUGCCAUAUACAGUUGGAAGAAUGGGAAUCGGCUGUAGAUGCAGCCACAUCUAGCAUAACAUUUCUGGAUCGUUUGGCUCCUAUAGCUCUCGCUACAACCUCUCAAUCUAGUAAGGAUGCGGAUACGGGUUCAAAUAAGACGGCGGAUGCCACCUCUAGGGUUGUCGAACUACCAGACAAUACGAGUCAAGGGCAGGAGGAUGAGGUCCUUCGAACGUUGAAAGAAAAGGAUACGCAUAGGGAGGAUGUACUACGUAUAAGAGGCAAGUCUCUUAUGCGGAGAGGGAAGGCAAGAAUGCAGUUGGGCGGAUGGGCGAAUCUCCAGGGUGCUGAAGAGGACUACAAGAGCCUGCUGGAGCUUGGGAUUCUCCCUCCGCAAGACACUAGAGCGGUCAAGACUGCUCUAAGGGAAUUGCCUGCUAAAAUAAACGCAGCAAAGGAUAAAGAAAUGGCCGAGAUGAUGGGUAAACUAAAAGAUCUCGGAAAUGGGAUUCUAAAGCCAUUUGGUCUGUCCACGGAUAAUUUCAAGUUCGUCAAGGAUGAGAAAACUGGUGGCUAUAGCAUGGGGUUUGAGAAAUGA